UCGCGGGGCAUUGCGAUGAAUUAUUUUGGAAUCAUAUCAGUCCUCUUUACCCCUCCAUAUCAUUGAUUCCAUUGGACUUUCCUCCCUCACCACAGCCGAAUCAAAGUCGACACUCCUAAGGCAUAAUGACCACAGAAACCACCACAAUGACUGUUUCCAAAGACACUCCCUCCCAGGGCGAGUCUGUCAACGAGAAACAAGCCUCGGCAGCAUUGCAGGCAAUUUCCCAAGGCGCCACACUCCCAGGGAUCCCAUCAUUCACAUCGAUCGACAUAAAGCGACGAUGGAUGCUCGAGCAUCUAGCAGGUGCAUUCCAUGUGUUCAGUCGAAACGGCUAUGCUGAAGGAAUGAGCGGUCACAUCUCCCUGCGCGAUCCAGAGCAUCCUGACCUAUUCUGGACCAACCCCCUCGCCGUCCACUUCGGCAUGGUCAAAGUAUCCGACCUAAUCCUGCUAAACCACGCCGGCGAAGCCGUCGCAGGAAAUACCAAACGCCCCGCCAACUCCGCCGGAUUCCAAAUCCACGGGCACCUGCACCGACGGUAUCCGCAUGUCAACGCAGCUUGCCACGCGCAUUCCGUAAACGGGAAGGCAUGGUCGACAUUCGCGCGGCCCCUCGAGAUGAUAAGCCAAGACGCGACGAUGUUCUACGGGAAUGCACAGGCCGUGUACAAGCAGUUUGGUGGCGUGGUGCUGGAUCCGGCGGAAGGCGAGCGGCUGGCCGAGGCUCUGGGGCCGGACGGGAAGCUGUUGAUUCUGCGGAAUCAUGGCCUCUUGACGGUGGGAAGAACGGUGGAUGAGGCGGCGUAUCUGUUUACGCUGGCGGAGAAGAGUUGUGGGAUUCAGUUGCAAGUCGAGGCGGCGGCGGCGAAUGGCAUUCCGAAGAUGGUGAUUGAGGAUGAGGUAGCGGAGUAUACGUUUCGGAUGACGAGUGAAGCGGAGGCGCUGUAUUGUGAGUUUCAGCCAGAGUAUGAGUAUGAGCUGGAGAGAUGCAAUGGGAAGUUCUUGGAAUGAUUUCUGGUGGAGGACUUGAUUUAACAUUUAAAACUGUUUCGAACAAUAAAAAAC